AUGACUGCGCCGCCGGCAGAGAUGGGGGAAUGGAAACGUCAUGUCGCCGACAAACUCGAGCGGCGGAAAGCUUCUAUACCCAAGGAAUGGCUUAUUCCAGCGAUACCCGACAAUCAGACCGACGUAUCGGCCGUCCCAUACACUUGCGGCCUCCUUACAGAGAAGGAGAUUGAGAUCACGGAUGUCCCCGACGUGUCUAUCCUUUUACAGAAGCUUGCAUCUGGAGUAUGGUCCGCAGUGGAAGUCACGACGGCUUUCAGCAAGAGGGCCAUCAUCGCCCAGCAAGCGGUAAACUGUCUCACGGAGAUCUUCAUCGACAAGGCUCUGGAACGUGCGGCAGAGCUAGAUGCCUUUCUUAAGGAGCAUGGCACCGUGAUGGGUCCACUUCACGGCCUUCCUAUAUCCCUUAAGGACCAGAUCUGCAUCAAAGGAUUAGAAACUACGAUGGGCUACGCUGCAUGGAUCGGUAAAGUCGCAGAGGAUGACGCCGUACUCGUAAAGUUGCUCGUCAAGGCGGGGGCGGUCCUCUUUGUCAGGACAAAUGUCCCUCAGACACUGAUGUGGGGAGAGACCGCCAACAACGUGUUUGGGCGCACACAUCAUCCUUUGCAUCGUCGAUUCACCCCUGGUGGAUCGUCUGGCGGUGAGGGUGCGCUUAUCGCGAUGCAUGGCAGUGUAUUGGGUGUCGGCUCUGACAUAGGAGGCUCCAUCCGUAUCCCGGCGUCCUUUUGCGGUCUCUAUGGAUUCAAGCCAUCCAGCAACCGCCUUCCGUCGUAUGGUAUCGUCAACUCGCUUGAUGGUCAAGAAUCGGUCCCAUCUUCGCUCGGCCCACUGAGCAUCUCUCUCUCGGGUGUCUCGACACUCGUGCGAACGAUCAUCGAGGCAGAACCAUGGCGGUACUGUCCGAACACCGUCCCAAAACCGUGGUCCCAAGACGAAUUCGAGUUGAAGGGUCUUGGCGGAGGGAAGAAACUUUGCUUUGGCAUCAUGUGGGACGAAGGGUCAAUGAAACCUGUCCCACCUAUCCAACGGGCGUUGGAGAUGACCAAGAAGGCCCUUGAAAGCGCAGGGCAUACUGUUAUUGAUUGGCAGUCCUUGCGGCAUGCCGAGUAUGUUACCGUAGCGCGUUCGGCUUUCCUCAAUGACGGCAACGACGACUUCAACGCCAGUAUCAUAACCGGCGAGCCUCUAAUUCAGUCCAUGAACCCCGACGAAGACCCCAGCUAUGUUGCGCCAUGGCGUGUGCCUCGGCCGAAGGCCACCGCAUACGAGAUCUGGCAGUUGAACAAGGAGCGACGAGCGCUCCGAAAAGCGCUCCUUGAUCGCUGGGAGGCUACUUCCGCGCAGACGGGCACUGGCCGUCCGAUCGACGCACUCAUCUCUCCCGCGGGUCCUUACACUGCCGUGCCUCACGGGCAUGUUAGGUCGUCUGUCUAUACCAUUAUCUGGAACACGAUGGAUUACCCCAGCCUCGUCUUCCCAGUUACAAAAGUCGAUCCUGCUCUUGACGCCAAACCGAUACGCGAAGACUUCUGGAGUGAAGAUGACAAGUUUGUGUAUGAUACUUACGACGCCGAGAAGUUCAACGGGCUCCCUGCUUGUCUGCAAGUUGUCGGCCCUAACUUGCACGAAGAGCAAGUUUUGGGGAUCGGUGCCGUGGUGGAGGCUGCGCUGAAGGGAAUCUGA